AUGCUCGAUACCAACGUAUUUGACCUGUUCAAUAUGGUCUCAGCAUUUACUCCUCUUCUCCUAGCCUCCACUACAAAGCCAGCCAUGCUGCAAGUCAUCAUUAAUACCUCAUCAGUCCUGGUACGACUGCAAUUUGCCUUUUCGGCCGCAUAUAACGCCUCGAAAGCAGCCGUGACUUCUUACAGCGAUACUCUCUGGAUCGAACUUGGCCCACUCGGUAUCAAAAUUGUUACGCUCUUUAUGGGUGAAGUCUCAACAAAUCUCAUGUCUCCUGAAAAUAUCUCCUUUGAUCCCGUGAGUAUCUACACCGUUGCUUUAGAGGGAGCCAAGGAGCGAAGUCGAAAUCAUGCCAAAAACAGUAUGAAGCCAGAAGUGUUUGCCAAAAAAGUUGUUCAAGCUAUCUUGGACAAACAUUAUAGGUAUGGAAAGGGACCAAUGCUUGGGUGA